AGAGCAGACGACACGCAGUAGUUUUAUUCCUUUCAAGAAUUUAAAACACUAGAGCUAUUCGCUCCGGUUUUAGUCGACCCCGAUUUGGAAGGCUCAGAUGCGCUGGCUUUCAUGCAUUUAAAUGAGCGCGUAACGCCCCGGAGUUGUUCCGGAGCUCCUCCUAGGUGUGAAAAAAAUACAACUAGUGCACCCAGAUUAACCAGAAAUUUAUUGGUGCCAGUACUCACAUUCUUAGGCUAUGUUCCGAUAUCAACUGCCAGUAGGAUUUACUGUGCUGAUUUUACUGUCAUUUGCCGUUCCGAUUUCAACAGCGUACUCUUGUGGUCAUUCAGUACUGAAUCGACUGCAUCCAGUGUACUGAAAAUAAUAUCGGAACGGCCAAGGUUCCUAGUUCAUUGGUUGUCUGUUUCAACCUACCUCUCUCAAACAACCUUGCGGAACGGCGUCGCGUCCAGUAAAUUCAGUACCAUUGUUCAGUACUGACAGUUGAUAUCGGAACAUAAAAUUAUUCGGCUAAAGUUUUUUGGUGAGUCCGCCCCGCCCGGCUAUUUUUUGGUAUAUAAAUUUUUACAUAAACAAGUUUCUGUAAACAAGCGAGACCAGGCCAAAAUGACCAAAAUCCAAGCUGGAACCGUCGUGGAUAUUCUUGGGGAUGAAAUGACCAGGAUUAUUUGGGAUGCAAUCAAGGAAAAACUAAUUUUACCAUUUCUGGAUAUUGAUCUGAAGGUCUUCGAUUUAGGCAUGGAAAACAGGGACCAAACCAAUGAUAAGGUAACAAUCGACUGUGCUGAAGCAGUCAAAAAAUACAAUGUCGGUAUUAAAUGUGCAACAAUUACACCUGAUGAGAAGAGAGUUGAGGAAUUCAAACUUAAAGAGAUGUGGAAAUCCCCCAAUGGAACUAUCAGAAACAUUUUGGGAGGUACAGUGUUCAGGGAGGCCAUCAUCUGUAAAAACAUCCCACGUUUAGUUACUGGGUGGGAGAAGCCCAUUAUAAUCGGGCGUCACGCUCAUGGAGACCAAUAUAAGGCUACUGAUUUUUUGGUGCCAGCACCGGGUAGACUGGAAAUUACUUGGGUAGGAAAGAAUGGAGAGAAAAUUUCCCAUGUAGUUCAUGAUUACAAAGGAGCUGGUGUUGCCAUGGCUAUGUACAACACUGACGAAUCAAUCAUCGAUUUUGCUCAUUCUUCAUUCAAAUAUGCUUUGGAUAGAGUGCUGCCUUUGUACUUGAGUACCAAAAAUACCAUUCUGAAGAAAUAUGAUGGACGCUUCAAGGAUAUUUUCCAGGACAUCUAUGACCGCGAAUACAAAUCCCAAUUCGAAGCCAAAGGUGUUUGGUACGAACACAGGCUGAUUGAUGAUAUGGUGGCCUAUGCAAUGAAAUCCGAAGGAGGAUUUGUUUGGGCUUGCAAAAAUUAUGAUGGAGAUGUGCAGAGUGACUCAGUAGCCCAAGGCUACGGAUCCUUAGGUCUUAUGACUUCAGUAUUGAUUUGUCCUGAUGGCAAAACUGUAGAAGCUGAAGCUGCUCACGGAACAGUUACGCGCCAUUACAGAAUGUACCAGCAAGGAAAAGAAACUUCAACUAAUCCAAUUGCUUCUAUCUUCGCUUGGACUAGAGGUUUGUUACACCGAGCCAAAUUGGACGACAACAAGAAACUGGAAAAAUUCGCCAAUACCUUGGAAAAAGUCUGCGUCGACACCAUCGAAUCUGGGUUCAUGACCAAAGACUUGGCUAUUUGCAUCAAAGGCAUGAACAACGUCAAAAGAUCCGAUUACAUGGAAACUUUCGAAUUUAUUAAUAAAUUGGCUGAAAAUCUUAAGAAUGCCUUACAUUGCUAAUUUAAGAUUAUCCUUAAGACUGCCUUAUCUAUUUUUUUAUUUUUAAGGAUAUUGCUUGGUUUGUGGUGUGGUGGCUGGAAUUGAGCUAAAGAAUUUUAUUAUAUAUUUUCAAAAAUGAA